UUCACUUCCGGCACAACAGAGUGCGCCUGCGCUGUGACGUGACGUCAACAAGGGGACACUAAAGAUGGCGGACAGCAGCUGAAGCUAGCCAAAAGCUUCGGUAGAAAUCCACAAACCCUCGGGUCUGUGCUCCAGUCAGUCGGGAUUAAGUGACCCAGUUAUUUUAUUUAGAGGAUUUAGAUUCUUCUGAUGAUUUCAGGUUGAGUUUUUAUUCUGUUAAAGCCUCUUUAAACACGACAUUAGCUGUUAGCAUCAGCCGCGUUAGCAUCUCGAGCUGCCCUGCUUUUGUUUUUGUCUCGAACCCUCAGGGCGGACUCUGUGGAGGAUUUCAUGUCACGACUUUCUCAAGAACUGAAUCUUUCCUGAGCUGGACCAAGUGUUUCUGAGACAGACUGACCCAGGAGCUUCUUAUUCUGCGGGUUCUGUAUCUGAGCUAACAUCACACACACAGACGAUUAAAGGGACACACUCUCUUUUAUGAACUUUAAAAACCAGGAAACAUGGAUCCAAAACGCGCCCACAGUAAACCUCUCAGCAGCAGCAGAGGAGGAGGAGGAGAGGGAAGCAGCGGGGACUCCAGCUGCGGCAGCCCGGCCUCCCCCUCCCGCAGCCCGGCCCCGGCAGCAGCCCGAGCCCCGCUGCUCCCCGGAGGAAACGCCUUCGCCAACGACGGCAGCUUCAUGGAGAUGUUCAAGAAGAAGAUGGAGGAAGAGCAGAGGAACAAAGAGAGUGGUGGAGAGGCUGCAGACUCCGUGCAGGGACAGACUCCCGUGGAAAAGAGGCCCCCUCCCGUGGCGAGCUUUGUAAGGGGUUUAGUUGUGGGGAAGCGCAGAGGAGGUGUGUUCCUAAAGACCGGCAUGGUUGCGAAGAAGCAGAAAAACGACUCAGAGGCUGUUCCCGGCAAGAGUGACGCGUGGUCAAAGUACAUGGCCGAGGUCAAAAAGUACAAAGCCCAUCAAUGCGGGGACGACGAUAAAACCCGGCCGCUGGUGAAGUAGUCUUCCUCAGAGCGAGCGGCCACGGUGUUCAGAGGGGGGAAAACCCGAUCUGGGAGACGCUCCGGGAGAGCUGGCCGACCCUGACCUCCCCCACACUGCCGGAUCGAGCUGCCCUCCAUCUUUCACAAACUGCUUCGAUCAACAGACCUUUCUCCCUUUUUGUAUCGUUCUCUCUCAUCAUUCGUCGGACUCUGGUGAUUUGAUCUCAAACUUACCUUCUCCAUCAUCGUUGUAUCAUAUUUUCAGAUUUGUCAUGUCGGGGUUUAAGUCGAUGUUUCUUUUGGUUUUGGAGCCAAAUGGAGGUGUGAAUUAAAUCUACACUGCCCUUUGAA